AUGGCACAGGAUUCGACGAUGACAAAGAUAUUGACAGCACAGGCGAAGGCGAGGUGCAGUGACGAGAUCGAGGCCUCUGAAGUUGGUACACGAGAUGGCGAUGGCCAAGAUGUCGAGACGGAAAUCCACGAUGAAGGCAACCGGCUGGAAGACAGAUCUGACGAUAGAUGCGCCGAGUUCAAUGGCUCUGGAGAGGGUGACAUCGAAGGAAACAGACCUGGAGAUGAGACACUUGGGAACACUGCAGAAGACGAUUGGACGGCUGGCUGUGACAAAGAAUACGAAUCGCUCGCCGAAAAUAGUGUUUCCGAACCGAAUGUAACUGGGGAUUGGAAAGUUGAAGUUGGUAGUUCCGAGACCAUUGGAGAUGUCAACAGAGAAUGCGAUAGCAUUGGUGGCGAAGAUGUAGACGACACCGCAGACCACGGCAUAGAGGACCAUGCGACAGACGAUGAGUUAUCUAGGCCCAACGCCACUGUUGAUAUGGAUUCUGCAGGGGAGGUAACCGAUGGCACCAUGGUUGAAGUUGACGGCCCUAGAGACCAUGGCAGCGAGAACCAUCCGUCCGACUUAGAAAACACUGGCACCGAUGGCUCUGCAGACACGGAUUCAGACGUGAAGGAUGAUGCCGGGGGAGAAAGCAAUUCUGAGGUUGAAGCCGAUGAGGCCGAUGACGAUAUUCCCGAAGGCAAUCUCACGGACGACGGUGACUCUGAAUCGGAUGAUCUUGUAGGCAUUAAAUCUGUCGUGAAUGCCAUUGAAGUUGGAGCUGAGCCCGACGAAGGAGGCAAUUGCAGCGAUGCCGGUGGCUCUGAAGACCAUUUGUCAGAGGAAGUCUCAGGGCUUAACGACGCCGUCGAGAGCAUUGCAGUUGGAGAGGACUCGGAAUUGGAAUCCAGAACAGACGAGACCGACGAUGGCCAUGGUGGAAUCCAGGUCAGGGAAAACCAUCCGGUAGAGGACGACGGUUCCGAGCUCACUGGAGCUGUAGUCACAGACGUCAAAGCAGCUUGA